AUGGCGUCUUGUAGCAUGAUAAGUUUUUGCAACUGGAGUCAUUUUAAUUCAAGUUUAUACCGUCAUUUUGGUAAAAGUCGUGUGGUAGUUUGGAGAAGGUUAAUUCAUCAAGCAUGUUUCGCACGUUUCAAUACAAGGCAGACUUCGCCGGUAGAAAGUUCUUUCGUACUUUCCAGGCAUUUUUCUACACUAAAUAAGCAUUCUCUGCGUUUCGUUCGUCGAGGAGAACGUGAAGGAGUGUUAAUCAUAAAUAACUGCGGCUUGCAUUUCUCAAGGACGUGUUUACUAGAGAAUGCUGCCAACGUGACGCAACAAACUAAUCAAGAUCUGAACACAGAAAUUAGGAAAGUUAAAGAAAGCGCGGAAAAUGUUUCAUUCGACGAAAACUCCCUAGGAGAAGAGGAGAAGAUUCGAAUCAGUCAAGAUGACGCAUCUAUGCGCACGAAUUGUAGCGAAUUAAAUGACCUUUCCGUUGCGGAUACGGAGCCUUCAUGUGAGGAGACUUGUUCAAAUGAAGACAGUUCUUCCCAAACUUCUGUUCCUCUUACAGCAGGUUUGUAAAUGCUAUUCUCUGUUCCUCUUACAGCAGGUUUAUAAAUGCUAUUCAAUACCCGAAAAGCAGGAUCAUGCAUGGGAAUCAGUUAUUGAAUAACCCUUGAGACAAGUGAAUAACAGAAUAGCAGUUAAUGCGGGCUGCUUGUCCAGGGGGAUGUUAUGUAAUCAGAUCUGAAUGACAAACAAGCAUAUGAUUGGUCUGAAAAUCAAGCAUAAUUGGACUUGUUUGUAAUCUUGUCAAUCAAACAACAAUAAAUUUUCCAUUUAGGAAUGGUCCAUAAUUGAGCUAAAGUAAGGGACACACUAGGCAAUCUUACAUGCACUUCAUGCUAAAUUUGGUCAUCAAUGAAAAUCACAAGCUGAGUUGCCAAUUUCAAUAUUACCUCUAGCCUCUUUUUCAAAGCAAGUCCUGGUGCUCAUCUUUUCAUAUGAUCAUAAUUUUUCAUUCACAUGGAAAUUAAACUCAUUUUCAUAUGAGUGGUUGAGCACAAGACCUCAUUAUGCCUUGUUGGCUGACUAUGCGACUGAAAACCAGUGGCUCCCUUACACCAAGUGGAAUGUCAACUUUAACUAAGGUAAUAGGAAAUUCAUGGAUCAUUGUCAGUAUCAGAGUAACUAGGCACUUAUCCCUCCCUGAGACACCUCAAAAGCCAAUUGAUAACAGGGAUGACUUGUGUUGGGUUAGAGUAGGUGAGCAUUUACUUAGAUACUGACAUUGACCCAGAUGCAUCAACACUCAUGGAAUAUAGAUGAAGAUCAAUGCUCCGCCUAUUUGUGUAACUGUUUUUUUAACAAUGUAUUAUUUAUUUAUUUUUUGUGACAGAAAUGCUGGAAAAGUUCUUGAUGAAUUUCUUUGUUAACAAGCAGGUUAAAAAGGCUGCUCGUGAAAAUGGUUUAUCAAGUAGGAAUUCAAAUACUUUUUUUUUUCAUAUUGUUUUCAUGAUCAAUGUCAUGUUAUUUUAGCCAUACUGUAAGUUAGAUCACUGUGAGGUUACAGAGCUCUUCUGUCACUCAGACCUUUGCUGAGAAGCUUUUCUGUUCUCAUAACCUGUUUGGAAGAUAAUAUAAUGGAGUUGUAAUAAGAAGUUACUAGUUAAUCACUUCUGGAAGUUAAAGGGUUAAAACAGCCGUUCAGGGUGGCAAGACAGGGAGGGGUGGGGGGUGCAUGAUAAGGGUGUGGCUUGACUAGUGGAUGAUGUCACUGGGAGGUGAUUUGACCAGGGUAUGAUGUUUCAAGGGAGCAAUUAUAUUGUAUUCAUGUACCAUCACACUUCCAUUUAAGACAAACUUUAAACAAGGAAUACCUCUUCCUUGUUGUUAGUAUCAUGUUUUAUUUUUAUCUCUUCCUAAAUUCUAUACCAUACAACAGAAACUUAUUUUAUCAAAGCAUAGUCAGAAUUUUUGUUCUUAAAAACUUAUACAUCAUGUUAUAACUAUGUAUUUUUUUCAUUUUACUUUGUAUCAGAUACUUUAUUCAAAGAGAUUUUUCUAGAGUUCAAAAAUAAAAUAAAUUUGCAAGUGGAAGAUGGGAACAAAGAGAUGCUUGAACAGUUUAGUUCAUUGUAUUAUAAUGCAGGUAAGCUAUGGAAAAUAAUAUAAGCAGUAACCUCCUUUGGUGCAAGAAUGAGGGAAUUUUACAUAUUUUUUUGACCAAGGUUUUUUCUUAAAGUUUUAAUUAUCCGAGUAAAUUAAAGCAGAGUGAACGUAAAUUUAGUUCAAAUUAACCCUCUACACCCUAGUGUGCACUUUCUCUAUACUGUUCUCCCUACAUCUCCCAAAGUGCUGACAAGGGGAACUUUUUUAACAAUCAAGAGUGUCUCUAGUUGGUGUUCAUUUUGAAUAUUUUUGUGAUCUACUAUAAAUGCUUGAUUCAGGGGCAAUAUUGUAAGGAGGUAUUAGUAACCACUCAGAGUGGUUAAUGUGUUGAAGAGGGUUUGGAAUUAGCCCAGUAAUAAAUAACUAAAAAAAUGGGUUCAAAUCCAAGGGAAACCAGAUCUUGUUUGAGUUAACCAGAUUUGAGUGAGUAGGGUUCUACUGUAUACCAUUUUCAGCAAGCAGGCUGGCUAAUCCAAUGAAAUGAGCCCAAUCAUGGUUAAAAAUUUGGUGUAUUCUAUUCCCUUUUCAUACCUUGUUUGUGACUUUGAUAAUCAACAGAUUACAUGCAACAGCUCUUCCCAUUGUUCAUGAAAUUUGCUGAGAAAGUACAUCCCAUGCUGGAAAGUUUGGAGGAGGUGAAAAAGAUAUCAGAUUUACGUGGACCUGCUGAUUUGUAAGAGAAUUAUCCUCACUAUAUUGUUUAAUUGUUAGCAUGAACUUUACUUACGGCUCUCUUUAAUCCUUUAACCCCCAAGAUCUGAUUCUUAAUUCUCCCCUUUAGCUACUGCAGAUUUCCAUGUGAAUUAGUCAUGAGAAUUUGGUGUUAGGUCAAGAUUAAAAAUCUACCUCAUAAGUUUGAGUAUUCUCAUUAGCUGUUUGCUGGAUAAUGUAUGGAUAUCAUAGAGAGAAGUUACAUGUAAAUCACUUCUGGGAGGUAAAUGGUUUAGAGAAGGGUUCAGUCUUGUGACCAUCAGUGGCAUUGGUUCUUCUCAGCUUCUGAUGGACUGUCUUCUCUUCCUCAAUGUGAUGUAAGUUAAACAGAAGGAAACCUCCAGCAUUUUGUAAGGUUCCCCUGGCAGUUCACAGGCUCCAAAUUAAUUUUCUUUUUGUGCUGGCUCUAAGUAGCAACUAAUAACAUAAGAUGAAAAAAUUUUGGUUCCCAUCAGAGUAUCAGAGUAGAGUGUGGGGACUCAGAAUUUUUUCUUUGUCCCAUGACUAAAAGAACCAUCUUUCUCUAUUUCUUUACCAAGCUCAAAAAACUUGCCAUCUUUCCUAUUCUAUUUACAUCAGGGCCUAGUUGUUCAAAGGGUGGAUAAGGCUAUCUACAGAAUAAAUUUUUAUUCAGAGGAUGGCUCCUUUCAUUUUGAUGACACCGAUCUAACAGAUGGGGAUUUAUACAUUGUAUGGUGUUAUUUACUCUUUGAACAACAAGGCCCAGGUCCUCCCCUGCCCACUUCUUGAAGAGAAGUUACUACUGACUACAAUUUUUUGAUUUUUUUUUACUGUUGUGACCUUUAGUAUUCACUUGUUGAGUUGGAGAUCAUUCAUUGUAUUUUAUGUUCUGUUAGGUUUCCUGAAGCCAGAGCAAUGAAAAGGAAAAUAAUUUUUCAUGCUGGUCCAACAAACAGUGGCAAGACUCAUGCUGCUAUUGAGAGAUUUCAUGCAGCCGACUCUGGAGUCUACUGUGGUCCACUACGGCUCUUAGCAGCAGAAGUGUUCAAGAGAGCAAAUUAUGCUGUAAGUUGAAGCAAAUAAAAAAACUGUUGCAGCAUCAAAUAUAUUUUAAAGCUUUCUGUUCCUAUCCAUGUUUUUCCUUGCAGCACCAAUACCCUGCAGAGAAGCCCUCCACCCUACCACUCUUAGUCAGCUUUUGCUGUCCCCUCCCUGCUCCAUGGUUUUCAUUCUGUUUCUCCCUUUUUUGAAUGUUUUUUCAGGUGGCUCGUGUUAGUCUAUGAUUCCAGUCUUUUUACUUGAUUUAGAUAAAAUUCUAAUUAAAAACUGUAAGUGUCAAAGUAUGUAGUACCUCUUAGCUACUUAGGGACACUUACAUUCCCGAAUCGGUGUGGGGUGUUGAGAAUGAGCCUCGCUUUUAAGUCACAAUUUUUCCAGAAUACCCUGUCUUGAUAGCCAAUCUUACUUCAAAAAUUUUUCAAUUAUGCAAUUCCACCUAGUUGUUGAUUCAAUAGUUACUCGUAUUCUCAGUUACUAAAAAUCAAAUUCUCUCUAUUGCAAUUUCUAGAAUUCUGCUAGUUGUUCAGUUUCUAUUAAUUGUUGUUUUCAGGGAGUGCUAUGUGACCUGGUGACGGGUGAGGACAGACAGUGGGCAGUGUCACCAGAUGACCCCUCUGAUCAUAUUUCAUGUACUGUUGAGAUGUGUUCCUCUCAAAGACCUUGUAAGUCAUAAUAUUAAUUGGGGCUAUACUUAAAGAAUAGCCUAAUUGCCUUUGGUGAUUUACUUCUGUCACUGGGUGACUUGUAUAGCUUUGUUUUUAUCAAAGCUUUUAAAAGCUGGGCACACCAGAUUUUUGAGAUCAGAGGCUUUUCUCACCUUGCAAAUAUGUUACAAGCUCAACUUACUAAAGCAUGUACUUGCCUUUAGACCAUAUGUCACUUAAAUGUUGUUAGACCUUCCUAAGAAUGGGGGUAUGCAUUGAUGAAGUUUUGCUUUUAAGCAGUAAGCUUAUAAACUUUCAUGAUCAUAGUGAAUUAAAAGAGGACCUCAUAGGGAUGCAGAAAUUUGGUUACUUAGUUACUGUGGUGUGUUCUUUAGUUCCGUGCCCCUCUCCUCUCAGGAAUGUUGAUGGAAACUGGUGGACAGUCAAGGAACAAUUAUAGGGGGAGGGGUUGGAGAGUUGCCUGUGAUGGACUAACAUCCCAUCUAGGGGGAGGACCCAUGCUAUUGCUGCUUUUUACCACUAAAAUAGGAUAAGCUCAGGCAACAGUGAGCUAUUGGGUUUUAAGAUUUUAUAGAUUUAUAUCCACCUGUUGAUUGUAAGUUUUUUGUUCAGUUGAUUGUGCAGUGAUAGAUGAAAUUCAGAUGAUGAGAGACACAGAUCGAGGCUGGGCCUGGUCACGAGCUCUUCUAGGUGAGUUCAAACAAAUUAGGAAGGAUACUUUUCAUGAGCUGGAAGACAUGAUGGUAUAUUGAUUAGCAUGCAGGAAUUUGAAUUAAGAGAUCCAGGUCUGAGCCCUGUCAAAGUCAAUGUAUUUGUUCUUCAGUAAUACACUUUACUCUCUCAGUCUUUCUCUCUUUCCAUCUGGGAGUGUAAGUAGGUGCAAGAAAACUUUACCCAGAGUAACAGUAACCCUUAUUGCUUCAUGAUGGUGAAAUGAUAUGAUCCUUUGUUGGAGUGUCCCAUUAAGCUUGAAGGCUGGUUUUACCUUAACUUUUAUCAGAUUCUUUAAACAUGACACCUUAAGAUAAGAUAGAAUCCUCUAAAUCGAGUAAAUACUUUCAUUUGCUCUUGGUUUGAAUUUAUCCCUAGACUGAAUAUGCCCAAGCUAAAAUUGGGAAAUAUUUCCUGAUAUCCCCUUAUUUUUAAAUCCUGUAUGAAAUGUUGUAAAAGCCUGCCUUUAAAAGUUGAUUUAAUUUUGGAGAGAAAUUUGUGGUUGUGACAGAGGGUGAUCUUUGAUGCCAUGUGAUGGUGAGUGCAAAUCCAAAGGAAAUCUAUUGUGUCACUGAAGUUUUAUUUUUUGUCUUUUUAAUAGGUCUGCCAUGCCCAGAAAUACACGUUUGUGGAGAAAGUUCUGCCAUAAAUUUAGUGGAAAGAUUAGUGUCUUCGUGCAAUGAUGAAUUAGAGGUAAGACUCGCGUGGAAAAUUUUCUCAAGUUUGGACACAGACUCCCAUAAUACCAGUGUUGAACAUGUGCUGUGUCAGUCAUAAUAUUAGCUUUCUUUUCAGGCUUCUAAUCCGCAAUUUUCUUAGUUAUUGUAGCUACGCUGUAUUCUGCGAGAAUAGGUUUUUUUUUAUAGUUGUACCCGACUAAUUGUGCUAAGGUGGACAGAUAAAUGAAACAGACAGAAAGAGAGAAAGAUAUAUCAGUUAUACCUUCAUUCAGUUGUGUCAUUGCGACAAUAAAUGCGCUGAAAUGACCUGGUACAGGCUCCAACUUGCAACAUGAUACCAACAAAACCAUCUCUUGUUCCAUUUUUUAUAUAUCAAUCGCUCUGACGAAGGGCUAACGCUCGAAACGUCAGCUUUUAAACUCUUUACGGUGGCCAAUUUACGUUAUCAAAUCAGUAGAUAAUAUUAAAUUACCCUGUUAUACUCUCGCACCGACGCAGUACCACAGUUUCUUCAGAAACUUGCCCACUUUAUUCAUGUUUUGUGUUACUGACUAAGUUUUGGGUGUGAAAUUGUAAAAUGGACAUGACUUUGGAAAUCCAGCCUCGGAAUGAGAUGUGUUCGUUGUUUUUGUAAACCUCAGGUGCGUCAUUAUAAGAGACUGUGCCCUUUAGAAGUCAGCCAACGUAGUCUUGGUAAGUUAUCCAAAAAAUUAGAAAUUUUUCAGUUGUUGGUGGUACAACGCAGUCACAUUGACGGACCUUAAACUUUCUGGAUCACAGUCCGUACUCUUAGCAAUACUAAGUAACAUCGGUGUUUCGCUUUAGUAAGCUUAUGAACCUUAAUAACAAUUAGUAAUCAUGGAUCAGUGAAGUGCGUUCGAGCCUAGGUAUGGAUAGUUUUGUAAGCAUGCGUGGUUCCUAAACGAAAAGUAACCAGCAACUGCACUGAGUCGUGAUAUGGUUUAUUUUCAGGAGGAAAUUUCCAAAAAAUCCGAGCUGGAGAUUGUGUUGUUGCGUUUUCUCAGUGGGAUUUGUACCAAAUGAGGAGGAAAAUUGAAAGUCAAACAAACAAGAAGUGUGCCAUCAUUUAUGGAGGCCUCCCACCUGGUAAAUAAACUUUAAAGUGGAAGGAGCUUUGUAAAACUCAGAGGUUUUAAAGCUGGUUACCACCGCUUAUAUAAGACGUCUCACCGCCGUCAGUUUUGCUCGCGAACAGCUUCUCGUGUUUGGAUUUCGUCUUACGGCACAGCUGUCUAUUACACCAUCGGCAACCUCUCGAGGGAAAAGUUAUUGAAACCCCUGAAUACUUUCAAGAUUCUUUAUUUUACAAUUUUUUUCUGAACCGUACAGAUUAAGUGGAUAAAUAUUAAUAGAUCAACACGGCGAGAUACACAAAAAAAUUCAAAUAGAACUCAGACUGAUAGACGCCGUUUCAAACCAGCCUCGGACUGUUUCCUUUCUUUUCUUUUGAUGUCACAAAAUUAUGAUAACUCUCUUCUUGUUUAACUUCAGUUACAAAAUUGGAGCAAGCAAUGAAGUUUAAUGAUCCAGAAGAUGAGUGCUCUGUGCUUGUAGCCUCGGAUGCCAUUGGAAUGGGGCUGAACUUGUGAGUCUGUCAAGUGAACUGUAACAGUUAUUUGCACUAAUGUUCGUCUAUACGUGAAAUAUGUUCACUCGCUCUGACGAAUGGCUAACACUCGAAACGUCAGCUUUAAGUAAAGUUUACUCGCCCUGACGAAGGGUUAACGCACGAAACGUCUGCUUAGAAACUCUUCACGGUGGCCAAUUUACAUUUAUCAACUCAAUUAAGUGAUAAAAUCAAAUUAUCUUGUGAUGUUCCUCACUGACGCAGCACCAGAGUCUCUUAAGAAUUUACCCCCUUUAUUUAUCUUAACCCUUUAACUCCCAUGAGUGACCAAGACAGAAUUUCUCCUUACAAUAUCAAUACAAUAUCAAGCAGACAAGUGAUGAGAAUGAAGAAAAAUAUCAAUUAGGAGAUUACAAGUUGAUCCAAUACCAAAUUCUCCAAACUAGCAUAACAAGAACUGUAUGGCAGACAGUAAGGAGAAUUACUUAUGAGAUCUUGGGAGUUAAAGGGUUAAGUGAAUUUGGUUAAUCUUGAGAAACAUAUUCUUAAGGUUAGUUUUCUGUUUUAGUUGGCCUUUUUAGAUUCAUGGUAAGAAAUUUCCGUAACUCUCUAAAUCAUCGAUCUGCACCGGUAUCACAGAGUUCAUGGGUUCAAAUCCCGUUCGGGCCUGAAUAUUUUCAGGUCUUAUUCAACUAUUAGUUCAGUAGUGUUCAUAGCUGCGAGAAUCUCUUAUGCCGCAUUCACACCAAAGCUUAAACAUGUUUAAAAGUUGUUUUGUUAAACACAGUUUAAUUUUUUUUUUCUUCAUAGAAACUAUUUAACCGAAUAUUUUUGACUUGAAUGUAGCACAUUGGAAAUGCAAGUUAGCAAGUACUUGAAUCCAAAGGAAAAUCAAGUUUUUCAGUGCUCUGUUUAUAAUUUUCAUUCAAUGAAAACCAGUUUAACAAAACAUGUUUUGCUGGUGUGAAUGGGGUAUUAUAUUCGUUUCUUCACCGCAGUGCACAGAUAUGAUUUUCAUAUAUCUACAAUCAUUAUUCAUCGAUUUAAGUUCGUUUUAAACGUUCAUCAAUAUUCUUAUUUUAACGUAUUUUGAGUUUUGCUUGUCCAUUUUUCCCUUUCCAUUUUUUCAGAAACAUUAAGAGAAUUGUGUUCAGUUCACUUUCGAAAUAUAACGGCAAUAACAUGGUGCAGCUAACUUCCUCUCAAGUGAAACAGAUCGCAGGUCGUGCCGGCAGAUUUGGCUCGGCUCAUUCCAAGGGAGAAGUUACCACGUAAGAAAGCUGCUGAUUUCCUCCAUUAAAACAAUUUUCAGCUUUGAGUAAAAGUAGUGUGGAACCAAGUCUGAGGAUGUAUUAUGUUCUCUUGCGAGUAUAACAGUCAGUUUGGAAACUUAGAAACGGAUCACUAUAAGUCGAUUUCCAGCUCCUUUGACUAACAAAUACUAACUUGAGCGAUGUCUCUUAUCUCGAAACAGGGUCAGGGGAUACGACUCCAAAACUCUUCAAAGGCUGAUGAAAGAACCUAUAAAAGAUGUGGAGGUAACUGUUGAAGGCGAAUGUGAUGGCUAUUUGAUGUUAAGGUGUCUUUCAAAUAGUUUAAUGAAUGCUUGCUUGAAAUUAUUUGCGGUAUUCCUCUGCAUUUAACAAGUACAGCUUGGAACCUAAUGUCACCAUGUACCGCGCGACAAGCUCUCCUUUCCUGGUGACAAUAAGUAUCUUAUAUACAAGCAUUAUUUGGCUUAACACUUCGCAAUUGACUUCGGGCAACAUGGUUUGGCUCCUUAGUUAAAUUUGUAAAACAUCUCAGGUUCGAAUCCCUGACUCGUUUUUCCAAGUUUGAAAAAUCUCUGACGAAUGAUCACGGACACACGGCGACAAGAGCUACACAAAGAUCUCCGCGUAUGGUGCAAUAUCUUUAGAAUUUCUGUGUGAAUGUAUUCAAGGAUUUUAUUAAUAUAAGCUGCGUUAGGGGUAAAUUCUGCCGCUCGAAUCUGUACUUAAAGAAACUCUUCAAUCCAUCCUUGUUUAUUCUGGUCUUCCAUUGCUAAAAAGCACCAGCUUAGUUAACAACACAGGAAAGAAACAAAGAUAAAUCAAUGGAAUUUUGUGUACAAAGCUUCCUACAGCGUUUGAUAACAAUGAAUUUUCAACAAUACUUAAUUGUGAAGAUCAUUCUCGGGCAUUCUUUUAGUAAUUUACGAAUUGCUUCUAUUUUAUCCUUCCCUUUUUUUCUUCCCUUUUUUCUUCCCUUUUUUCUUCCCUUUUCAGGCGGCCGGGUUAUCCCCCAGUAUGGAACAAAUUGAAAUGCUCGCUCAACAUCUACCGGAUGCAAGUCUCUUGAAGUUAUACGUAAGUCCAUGUUGCGUCUAAAGUUUUGCGAGAGUACCUUGGUUUUAUUUUCCAUCUCUUUGUUGUUGUGAGAAAUUCGCGCCAGUCACUCACCAAGUACCGCGCGCCUUGUCGCCCGCGUUUUCCCGCGCUUCAGGCGGUUUACAUACACGUAUAUUUACGUUUAGCUCUUCUUAGUUUCCUGUGUUAUUUUCCUUCGCUCUUAUUGGUUCGGUUUUACGAUAGGUAAUUAAAAUGCGAAAGUUUUAGCAAGAAGAUGUGCAGACUUUGAUUGAAGGUGAUCCUUAAAUCAAUAAAUGGUUUGAACCCGCGGGUAACAUUUGAUCACGUGGUCUGAUCUCACUUUCGCUCUGGUUAUCGAAACUUCAGUCACCGCUUCCGAUGAGAGUCGUUCCCAGGACUACACUUACGCGGACGAUCAGACUACAUGAUCCAGUGGUUCAUAAACGUGACGCAACGUAUUCGAAUGUUAACUUUCAGCCGUUGCCCUUUAAUUUUGUUUGAAAAGUUGCUAAAUACUCGUUAUUGUUUAACAUAGUUUGUUCUUUAAUUCUGAAUUAAAUACGUAAAGUUUGUCAAUAUCUUAGGAAACGUUUGAAAGCGUGGUUCAACUGGAUGGUGCAAACUAUUUCAUGUGCGACCUCGCAGAUGUCAAGGUUUGUGUACUGUGUUAAAAUGUGCAACAGUUAUUAGGAUUCAGUUAAAUGGCCUCAGUUCUGUGUGAGAUCUGCAAUUAGUCCAAAAUUUAUUCCAGUACAGCAACCCAUCACGUCAAACACAAGACCCAUCGUUCCCUUAGUUUCAAAUGAGCAGAGAAUUGGGACGAGGCUUGUUGAAUGGUUGAGAAAGCGUAUACUCGUAUUUUUCUGAGAAGUUUAAUCCUUAUUGUUUACAUUUAUUUUGUUUUUGUGUUGUUUUCCUUUUUGUUUUUUUAUUUCAUAGAUUUUAGCAAGAAAACUAGGAGGAAUUCCUUUGUCGAUAAGUGAUCAAUUUGUAUUCAGCAGAGCGCCAAUCAGUGUGAAAAAGUCGGUCACCGUAGAUCUCGCUGUAAAGGUACGAGGAUUUUUUGUCACAUUCCAAAAAUGCCUAAGCAGAAGUGUUUUAUAAGUUGAAUUCAUGGAAGAAUAGAGGAGGCAAACAUAACUACAACACAGAACUCCUCAAUUGCUGGAGUAAACUUUAACCCUCUAACUCCCAAAAGUGAUUAACAUGUAUCCUCCCCAUAAUGUCUCUAUAUUAUCCAGCAAACAGGUAAUGACAAUACGCAAACUCAUCCCCGUCAUUGGCAGUUAGUUGGCAAUCAAUUUUCUACAGCCCCCCCCCCCUUUUUACUCUGUUGGCGACGAAUGAUAUCCCCCCUCCUUUUCCACUAAAAACCACGUGACCUCCCAAAAAUCCUCCAUUCCCGACUCCACCUCUUCCCCCCCCUCCCCGCGAUAAAUCAUAACUGGUCCGUUAUCUGAAUGGUCACACACGGGUGUUCUUCUUUUAAUUUUUUCGCUGAUUUCUUUUUGAGUUAAAAGUUACGACUUUAUUCACUACAAAAGCCAGCAUUUCAUGAAAGCUCUUCCGUGUCUCCUAAUAUCAAAUCUCUUUGGUAUCUACCACACUUCCUUCGAUGCUAGUUGCUAAGGAAUACUAUCUUCAUGAUGGAAGUAAAGUAAUUCCCAUUUAUUCCUAUCAGUUUGCAGAAUGUGUAAGUGCAGAUUCCCCGAUAACAGCUUCAAAGCUCAAAACGUUUUUAAAGUGGCCGCCCCAGGCUCCCAGGACGCUGGAACAACUAAAGAGUUUAGAGACGUUACAUGAAGGACUUGAUCUAUAUCUUUGGCUCAGGUAGGGUUAUCAUGAAAGAAUCGAGACUAAGGUUAACACUUAAUAGUCUCCUCUACUCCGCAAUUCACUGAUUUCUCUAAGAUAAGUUAUAACCUGGAAAACAGAUUUUUUUACUCUAAAAAUAUCUUUAGAGGGAGGGAGAGGGAGAGAGAUAGUUUGUUUUGAGGGCUCCAGUUUCUUAGGUUCAUUUUCUCCCUUUGCAGUGCGCUGUAAGACCUUUUCAUUUGAUACUGUAGUCUGAUCACUCGAGCAAGCCUGAGAAGGCAUGUUGUCAGUGGUAGUGACUGACUUUUUAGCAACCUGAGCAUACUUUAUCACGAGGGUCAAGCCACCUGUCUCUGAUGAUGACUUUCGCGCAGGUUACCUCUUGCUUGAUCUGGGUUCAAACCAUUUACUCGGAGAUCUUUAAAGUUUAUUCUACCAAGUGAGGGCCUUUUGAGACUCAAUACUGCGGCUUGGUCCUUUCUGUUGAAAAUCCCUCAUUAUUUUAUUUGUUCUUUUUCUCUUUUUUCCUCGCAGUUACCGUUAUCCUCAAAUAUUUGUAGAUCAGCAAAAUGUGUACAAGAUGCAGGAUGACGUAGAAGCUAUAAUUGGUGAUACAGUGUCGUCCAGUUCAUUCGGUGGAUCCUCGAUCAGCCUGCCGUCACGAAGAAGACGUUUGAAAGCAAGGUUCGGCGAUAAAAACCAGAUAAAGUGGAUGAAUUAUCCCAAAUUUUGAGGUUAUAUAUUCGAUUAUUUCAUUUUAGUUCCUGGUAGAAUUAUAUGUAAAUGUGUAUGUAUGUAUAUAUAAAUUUUGUUCGGUUUCGCGAUGGCAUUCGCUAAAUCAUGGUUUCAUCAUCAUCAUCAUCGCUCGUUGCGCCAACGUGACGGCCUAGACACAUUAGGCCAUCACGUUGUCCGCCCAACCCCCCCUGUGGCGUGCCGCCGCCAUGGCAACAAUGCAGCUCUUCCAUCCCGCCUUGCCUCUCUCGCUUUCGACAGUCCUUCUCCACGUGGUCUUUGGUCUCCCUCUCGCCCUUCUCUGGCUUCGAUCUUCUGGUCUGGCUUUUUUAGUCUAUACCACACAGAAACCAAAAAGAAGUUUAUUUCAAUCAAAACAACGAAAAAAAUAGUCGUAAAUUAAAACUCUCGACGCGCGAUUUUGUAUUUUCGGCUGCUCUGAUGUGAGUAGUACUUGCCGUUCACUUUCGACCUAGCCAAUUAGCGCGCACAGAAAGCACCAUUCACCUGUGUGGUAUAUUCUACCUUAAGAUAUUUCAUGCACUGAAGACAAAUUUUCUCCGACCAUGAUGAAUUAAAUGAUGUGAAAGAAUUAUGAAUUACUAGUUCAAAUUCUAUCCUACUGAAGACCCAAAUUUUCCAAAUAAAAAAUAUAAGUAUAUAUUUUUUAUAAACAUUUUGCUAACAGAACUAUUGCGUAUUUUAUUUAAUUUUGCAGAGGCUCUACAGUUAAAAUAACAAGAGUUUCGUCGCCUGCACACAAGUUCUAAAAUCUUGAAGAAGUACUUCCCAAGCUUCCUCUCUCCAAAAGGGAGAGUUUACCAAAGUUAAAGACCAAGAUUUGACUCAAGAUGUACGUCGUCGAAUUGUCGUGUCAGCUGGGCCAGUUCUCUUAUGGUCUACGUGUGCUGUGAAAUCGUAAUUUUUAGAUGGGUUUCCAGAUAUUUGGCGCUUCUGUGUUACGCACCUUCCAACAGCUCUACAUAAAAACUUUAUUGUGUGGAAUGUUGAUUUUUCAGAGUUAAAUGUGACUUCAUGAAUAAACAAGUUUGUAAGAAGCCGACAAUUUUCAGUUUCCAUAAUAAUUUGUAUCUUUUGUUUUAAUUUUCCGUGAAUGAAUACUCUAACAAUAAAACAUGA